AUGGUUUUCUGCCCUGGGCUGGGCAGCCAUCCUCUCCGUAAACUCAAUCAAAUUUAUGGUAGCGUGAUAUUAACGUACCAUUCAUUUGAGGGGUGUAAAUUUCUGCUAUCUGCCAUUCCCUCGGAAUUGCUUUCCCUGAAGCCUGGUCCCCUCGGCUUUUCAAAUGUAAAUUCAACUCGUGCACUUGGUGCGUACAAAACGCACAAUCUGAAAACCGCCGACUUAAAAUAUGAGAAAAUUGUAACGAUCCCCAAUAUGAUUUCGGUUUGCCGCAUCGGACUGAGUCCUAUUUUGUGCUACUUUGUUGUGAAAAAUAAUCUUUUCGUUUCUUUUCCUCUGUUUAUGCUUUGCGCCAUUUCCGACUGGGUAAAUGAUCCUCUAAUAUUGGUAGGCCGAUGGAUACAUAGCUCGAAGGUUUGGCAUGCAAAGCAGGCUGGGGACAUUUUUGGAUCCUCUGUCCGACAAAAUCUUUGCCGGGUGUUUGGCCUGCUCCCUCGCAUACAACUCGAUGAUUUCAAGUACGCGUGCAAGUUAAUUACGUUUGCAGUUCCUGUGUUUGGCAUAAUCGUCGCGCGAGAUAUCUUGCUGCUGUUGAGCAGCCUAUAUUUGAAAAUGAAGGUAUCUAGCUCUUCUCACGUGAUUAAACAUAGAAAACGCCUUCAAAUCACUUUUCCGAAAUUCAGCCUUCACGCAUUAGCAAGGUUUCUGUUUUGUCAAAUUUUGUAG